GCGCACGACCCCGCAUCCGGGGAUUCCUGGCGCGGCCGCCGCCUCCCGCGCGCACACGGCCAUGGCGGAGGCCUCCUCGCUGGAGAGGCAGAGCCCCCUUGUGGCCGCCUGCCUCACUCACAGCCUGUGCCCCGGGGAGCCCGGCUCACCAACGACAGCAGGGGUGUCCGUGGGCUCCACAGAACAGCAGUUCAGCCUCGCAGACAUCCUGUCGCAGAACUACGGCAUCCAGGAGGAGUGUGAGGAGGCUCUGAGACACCCUGAGCAGCCCAACGGGCAGCUGCACAAGGACGUGGUCUCCCAGAGUAGUGACAUGCCCCUUGAUGAGCUGCUUGCCCUCUACGGCUAUGAGGCAUCAGACCCUAUCUCGGAGCGGGAGAGUGAGGACAGUGACGCUGCAGCCCGCCUUCCGGACAUGACUCUGGACAAGGAACAAAUAGCGAAGGAUUUGCUUUCAGGGGAAGAAGAGGAAGAGACACAGUCCUCAGCUGACGACCUCACCCCAUCCGUGACCUCGCAUGAAGCCUCUGACCUCUUCCCUAAGCAGAGUGGACCCCGCUUCCUGACUGGCACAGACGAAGAGCUGGGCUCUUCCACCUCAUCCGACACUGAGGAGGACCCUCUUCCUGCCAACAAAUGUAAGAAGGAGAUCAUGGUUGGGCCCCAGUUCCAAGCUGACCUCAGCAACCUGCACUUGAGCCGCCAUGGUGAGAAGAUCUAUGAGAAUGAAGACCAGCUGCUCUGGGACCCUACCGUCCUCCCUGAGAGAGAGGUGGAGGAGUUCCUGUACCGGGCAGUCAAACGGAGAUGGCAUGAGAUGGCAGGUUCUCAGCUCCCGGAGGGAGAAACUGUGAAAGACAGUGAGCAGGCACUGUAUGAGCUGGUAAAAUGCAGUUUCAAUGUGGAGGAGGCCCUACGGAGGCUGCGGUUCAACGUGAAGGUAAUCCGAGAUGGGCUCUGUGCUUGGAGUGAGGAGGAGUGCAGGAACUUUGAGCAUGGCUUCCGAGUGCACGGGAAGAACUUUCACCUGAUCCAGGCAAACAAGGUGCGCACACGGUCCGUGAGUGAGUGUGUGGAGUAUUACUACCUGUGGAAGAAGUCCGAGCGCUACGACUACUUCUCCCAGCAGACCCGGCUGGGCCGCAGGAAGUACGGCCCAUCAGGAUCCACGGAUGCAGAUCAGGACCUGGACAGCAGUGACCCCGAUGGCCUCAGCCAUCCCCGCUCCUUGCCAUCCCUGCCCCCUGACACUGAUAGCCUGGGCCUAGAGCAGGACCCCCUGACACAGAUGCACACAGAGCCACCAGGCAUGGAUGGCAUGGCUAGCAGUCCUGCUGAGCCUGAGGAGGGCUCCAGUGGCCUCCUGUUCUCGGAGCCAGGACCCCAUCUGUUCCAGCAGCCGGACGCACCCCUGGCUAUGCCCCAGCCCGGGUGGCCCCCAGCGCUGGCUGAGCCGGCCUCCUGUCCCCCAGCUGCAGCUGCCCCGGAGCCUGGUGCUGGCCCAAGGCUGGCUGUGGACUUGGCUCUGCCCCCUGAGCUGCCCCUCGUCUCCAACCAUGAGGGUAUGGAUGGAGAGUCUGAGGAGGCUGUGGCUCCUGCACAGGUGGCCUUGUCGGUCACUGAGUUUGGACUCAUCGGGAUUGGGGACGUGAAUCCUUUCCUGGCUGCCCGACCGGCAUGCCCGGCCCCUGGGCUGCACUCAGAGCCCCUGUCACAGUAAUACAUUCAUAUGGUUCAAAACCCAAAAGGUACAAAUGGGGCCAGUGGCAGUCCCCUCCCACCCUGCCCCCAUGCUCCUCAGGCACAUGUGACAACAACACGGUCUGCUGGGGGCGGCAAGGUCGGGAGCUCUGUGGCCUGUGGGACUGGGCUGACGAUCUCUCGGUCUCUCUUGGUUCUCCCACUGUAGCUGUAACGUGAUGACCUGUUGAUCCCUGGCCACAUGUGGGCGUGAGUGGCCCAGACUGGCCUUGGUGCCACUGUGGGGCCUGCCUGUCAGUCUUCCCGAUCCUUCUACUCGUGGGCCUCGGGCGAUGGCGUCUCUGCUUCAGAACACUUCAAGGACUGGGGUGAGCGGUGGCCAGGCUGUUGGCCCUGUGCCUCCCCACACAGACUGGCACCGCCACCUGCACCGUGGGACCUGGGCAUCUGGGGUGCAGAGGCCCGGCCCCGUCCAGCCAGCAGAGGCGAGGAAAGGUGUCUCUGCCCGUUGGGGAGAUGGGGAGAUGGGGCAGGACGCCACCCGCACCAGCAGCCUUGCCCCAGGGCGCCCUCAGCACUCUGCUUGGCUCCGUCUCCCGCACCCGGCAGGGCCAUGGGCUGCCCCAGCCCAGGGUGGUGGGCAGCUGCUACUGGUGCCAAACCCCAUAGGGCACAGAGCCAUAUACCUCGGCGUUGGCCCUACCCCUCUGGCCUCGCCUGCUGUCCAUUUCAGGAAAAGCCGCACUUUAUGCCCACCUGCCCCUCCAGUUCCGCCUGGGGCCCCUCAGCAGCCUCGGGCGUGCGUCUGGGACACAGGUGACUGACACCCCCGUGGUACAAGGCCCAUUGCCUGCAGUGCCCAGGGGCUGGGUUCCAGCCCGUUCUCCUGACCCUGCGGGUGGCAUUUCUGUUGAAGCCCCCAGCAAGAUGGUUCGGGGUUCUGGUCCUUCUCUGCCCCAGCCUCCCUUGUUUUAUUUAUGUUUCUGUUUACAAAUUGGAGUGAGGUCCUCCAGGGGGGCAGGGCAGCGCUCCCUGCCCCUGGGUGUCACCAGGAGAGUUUUGGCUCGAGUCCAUCUGCAGAGUGGGACUCAACCUCCCCUGUCACCCCACCAAGGACUGCACUGUGAAAUGAUAACUGCCUUGAACCCCUUGCUGUUUUAUUUAUUAAACUUAAUUUGAAGCCCUG